AUGCAAUUCACAAGCCUCCUGUUCGCCGCUGCCGCCCUCGUCGGUGUCAAUGCUGCUGUCAACUUGACCAACACCGACUACGUGAUCACUGUUGGAGAGACCUUUUCCAUCGGAUGGGCCGGAGCCGAGGGCCCAGUUACCCUCACUCUCAAGAACGGCGCUGCUCUUGACCUGAAGACCGUCAGCACCAUCACCUCCGGCUCAACCACCUCCCCAUACGUAUGGACCGUUCCAUCAGACCUCCCAAUCGGCAACUACGCAAUUGAGAUCUCCGACGGAACAUCCACCAACUACAGCCCAGACUUUGGCUUGCAGGGAGCAACUGCAACCUCAUCUCUCGCUGUCUCCACAUCCGCCUCGGCCUCAGCCUCAGCUUCCUCGGCAUCAGUCUCAGCAUCAGCAACCACCUCCUCAUCUGCCUCUGCUUCCGCCUCUACAUUGACCACAGUUUCAAGCUCAGGCAGCACGACCGCAAGCGCAUCCGCAACCAGCAGCGGAAACUCUACCACUAGCGCCUCAAGCAGCGCAAGCAAGACAAGCUCCGGCUCAAGUUCAUCUAAGACAACGAGCGCCAGCUCCUCCACCUCGAGCAGCAGCGUACCCAACGCAAACUCAGCAGCCGAGAUCGCCUCGCCUCUCGCGCUCGUCUUCUUGACGUUCGCCGCCAUCUUGUCGCUCAACUAG